UAUAUUGCUUGAAAAAAAUAUAUGAAAAAAAACGGAAAAAGCUUCAUUAAUGAAUUCCUCCCAGAUUCUCCAGAAGUCUCCCUGGAAUAGUUUUGCGCCAAUAGUCACCAUUAGAAGUGUAGGAUUUCAUGCUUCCGGAUUUCCUAUUAUCGCUGAAUCAUCCUGUAUACAUUUACUUGCAAUUUCAGCUCUUCAUGUCCGAUUAGUAAAUUUUACCGACCAAAAGUCGACAUUCAAAUGCUCGAUUUGUACAAUACGUUAACAUUUGAUAACCCCGACGGCGGAGUUUGGAAACAAGGUUGGAGAAUUCAGAUUGACGAAAAAGAAUGGAAUAGACAAAACAAGUUGAAAGUGUUUGUUGUUCCACAUUCACACAAUGAUGCGGGAUGGACUCGCACCCUGCUCGAGUACUAUUCGACUCAAACCAAACAUAUUUUGAAUAAUAUGCUGCAAAAACUGCCCGAAGAUCCUCGUAGAAAGUUUAUUUGGGCCGAAAUUUCAUUUUUUUCUAUGUGGUGGGCUGAAUUGGAUAAUGGUAAUAAGGAAGCAGUCAAACGAUUGAUAAAAAACAAUCAGUUGGAAAUUGUGACGGGGGGUUGGGUAAUGAAUGAUGAAGCAAGUUCUCAUUACAUCUCGAUAAUUCAUCAACUGACCGAGGGCCACCAAUGGCUAAAAAAACAUCUAAACUACACCCCCAUUAGCCAUUGGUCUAUAGACCCUUUCGGUCUGAGUUCCACUCAACCAGCUCUAUUGAAAAGUAGCGGACUUCAGAAUAUGCUCAUUCAAAGAGUGCAUUAUUCAGUGAAGAAACACCUUGCAAAAACCAGAAAUCUCGAAUUCAGGUGGAGACAAUUGUGGGAGUCUCCCAAAUAUCCUCAAAUUGACUUUGUGCAUGCGUGAAUGCCACCAAAAAUUAGCGAAUUUAUGGAAUAAAUUUGGAAUUGGGCGAAAAAAAAAUAAUUCACGAAAUUUUCGUUCAUCCGAUGUCAGACGAGACGACCCGAACGAAGAAUGGGAAACGCCCCGAUGCGCAACUUUCGUCGGAUUGCGUGGAUUCUGACUCCGGCCAAUAGGAAGUGGGGUUCCCCGAGGAAUUUGACCCCACGUGACCAUCGGAGUCUCGAAAUGUGUAGUAAAGUAGCGUAAAUAUUACUGGAAUGGAAUACCGAAGCUUUUUGUUUUAGCUAAAUGGUGGUAGUUUUCGCAUGUUGAAUGAAUUCAAGUGGGGUGUUUGGGUAUUUUGAAUAUUCUCUGACCCAA